UUGCGACGUUUCGGAAUAUUGUCGGUUUCUGGUGCAUUUGAGACCUAAAACUUCAUGUUUUUUAUUUGGAUGGUAUCAUCGUCACUUCGAUUGCAGGAUGUCUUGGUUUCCUGAAGAUGAGCAUCGGUCAACAAACCGCUUCACAAAGUUCUGUGCUAAUGUUUUGAAAUGUGGAGCCAUCCCAAAACAUGUUGCUUUCAUCAUGGAUGGAAAUAGAAGGUUUGCAAGAAAAAGUUCUCUUGAAAGGCAAGAAGGACACAUAAAAGGUUUUGAGAAACUUACUGAGACAUUAGAAUGGUGUUUAGACCUUGGCAUUACAGAAGUUACUGUCUACGCAUUCAGUAUUGAAAAUUUUAAAAGAUCCAAAGAAGAAGUUUCUGGUUUGAUGGAACUAGCAAGACAAAAGUUUGAGAAGUUACUCGAAGAGAAGAAAAUGAUACAGAAAUAUGGAGUAUGCAUACGGGUACUGGGUGAUAUUGAUCUGCUGCCAAAUGACGUAAAACGAGCGGUUGCAGAGGCUGUAAAUUUUUCAAAACAUAAUAAUAGGGCUAUUCUCAAUGUAUGUUUUGCAUACACAUCUAGACAUGAAAUAAGUAAUGCAAUAAAAGAAAUGGCAUUGGGAGUGGAAGAGGGCUUUCUCAGACCAAGUGAUGUCUCUGAAGAACUUUUAGAGAAGUGUCUUUAUACUGGAAAGUCUCCCAAUCCUGAGUUGCUGAUACGAACAUCUGGUGAAGUGAGACUCAGUGAUUUCCUGCUAUGGCAAACUACGUUCUCAGUAUUAUCUUUUGUAAAGGUUCUGUGGCCGGAAUUUUCUGUGUGGCAUUUAUUUGCAGCAGUUUUACACUAUCAAAGAAACUAUGAACAGAUACAGAAAACAAAGCAACAAAAUCAAGAAACAGUUGAAGAAAGACAGCGAGAGUCUGAUCAUCAGUGUGUGUUGGAGGACUACAAGAACUGUAGUGACUUGGAAAGCAAAAUUCAGCUAUAUGCUAAGCAAAGAGAACAGCGAAUUCAGACAUUCCUAAAUCAUUUAGAUGAAAAACAUAGUAAAUAUUUAGAUUCUAUAUUGGGUGUAUGAAUGACAUUCACUCCUAAGACUAAUAUAUAAAGGUAAACAGUGUCAAAAAUAGGAAUAGGUGCCUCACAUUUCAACAAACAAUUCAAAUGUCUUGAGUAUUCAUUCCAUGAUCCUCAGACAGCUAAAAUCAAAAUUUGAAAAAUAUUCACAAAAACUGUUUCAUAUCAUAAAUGAACUGAUAUGAAAUAGGACCAACUACAUGGCAGUAUAAAUGUGAUCUGGCUUGGAGAAUAAUAAUCCAUGAAUAUAUAAAAAGCAUAUGUUGUUUAAUAGUAAGUAAAUAUGAAACCCAGUAAAUGCAGAGGUACAUGUACAUUUUGUAGUAUAGGGUACACACAACUGCUUUGAAGGAAUAGAAGAAUUGAUGGAUAUCUUGGUCAAGAAUCUGGAGCAUUCCACCCAUGAUACUUCCACCCACUCCACUAACUUUUUCUGGCAAAAUGGAAUCAUGUCAAUUAUUUAUGUCCGACAUUUCUCAUUUCUCAGCUUACAUGAAGACGUGAUUCUAUUUACAGAACUCUGGGAAGCAAAUCUGAAGAUGAUCAGCAUCUUGUGUAUUAUCUAAACCAGUGUUUGCACUGGAAAGUAGAAAGCCCAAAUUGAAAUAAACAUGAUAGCAUGGAGGCUUCUCAAUAUAUCCGAUUCUGAUUUAGGAAAACAAAUUGAGUUGAAUCUCAAAUAGUUGUAAAUUUACUGUGAAUGUCAGUGUAUUUCACUCUGAAG